CGGAAUACCUAAUAUUUGAAUUGUGUGCGGUAACCGUCGGGUAACUGCCGUAGAAUUCGUGAGUUUUACUCAAAUUAAUUGAAGCCGACAAAUGAAUGCACGAGUCCGGCUCUGUUUUAUGCGAUAUGAAUGUUGUAUCUUUUGCGCUGUGGAAUCUUUUCUGGUUGGUUUCGAUGCAGGAUCAGUCGCUAUCUCUCAUCGGGGUCCUCUGGGAGAGUGCGGUACGCGUGGCCUCCUCGGUGACUGUUUUGGACGUUUUUGGUUGUCUGCUUUCACUGAAUCAUGUUAUUCGCAAUUCACGAACCACACUGAGAGCGACAACUCCAUGGCAGUGGAGGCUUCUGUCCAGGAAUUUGCCGUCUCCCCUUUUGCAACGUGACUCAGUGCGUUCGAGCCUUUUCGAAGAUUGAUGAGAUCAUCAUGAGAUUCUUGAUGAAAAUCAAAUUGGGAUUUAAACUGAUGGACGAACUUAGACCGGCUCGAUUUGUUUCCACUUCGAAUUGGUUCAGUUGAUGCGAAGGCCCCGGAACGAUGUUCACGCUGUUGCGAUAAUAAUAGCAGACCCUGUUUGUUCAUCUCCCUGCAUGGUAUAGUGCGGUAUGAAUGCUUU